AUGGCAAAACGCCGCUCCAGCUCUCCCAAUGGGCCCAAUGCGGAGACCCGUUCGGUUCCCGGCGACCUCUCCAAGCUCCCGCCAGCAUGGUGCCAUCGAGUCGAGAUAGCAACAAGACCUGGAACUUCUGCUCAAACGCCACAAUUAGAACGAGGGUAAGUGCUUUCGCUUUUGUCUUGUUGGUCUUUAGGUUGAGGAGAAGGUGAUAGAGGUGUUCGAGCCAAAAAUCUUCCUUUUAAGGAAGGGAUUCGUUAUAAGUUUGAUUUUUGCCUAAAUCAACAUCAGAAAAUUGUUGUGAGGGGAUAUUUGUAGUUGAAAUUGGGUUCAUAGCUUCUGUCCGUCUUUGUUGACCAUAAAUUUGAUGGUUUCCUCCAGGGUAUCUCGCAUUUUAUAUCAAAAAUUUAAUUUUUGACCUAGUGCAAGGUCCAAUUUGUCGAAAGCUCAAACAAUUGGCUUUUUAAAAAAAGCAGGUGGCUUUUCGAACUCGAAAUCCGAUCCAAGUCACGGAUUCGAACCUUGACUUUACGUAUCUAUUUCAUACCGGAAGACAGCUGAUAUUAAAUAGCAUAGUUUGUGCUGUUUGAUCUUCUCAGAAAGCAAUUUGCAAGGCCCUUUGGACUGAAUUGUCAAGAGUUCGAACGAUUAUAAGUUUGCAAAUGCUCUGAAAAGCAAAUAAAGUUUGUUUGAAACCGGAAGUUACGUCAGGGAAAGAAAAUGCAGCAGAUGGGGCAAGUACAAUAUAAAAAUUUUUGGGUUUUUUGGAUAAAUGGAAUUUUAAAUAGCGCAUUGAGUCUAAGAAAUUGUAAUGGAUAUAAUUAAACUUCUUUAUGCUGUCUAAUUUUCGAGAUACUGGGAUUUUUAGAUAAAAAUUUAACUAAAAAUCUAAAAUAAUAUCGAAGCCUCCCUGGAAGUUUCAUGUUUAUAGGCGUAACAACUCAUGACCACCUUAGAAAUUCUAGGACUCUAAAUUUUCCCACGAAAAUUGCUUGAAAUCCGGAAAUUCUUGAGAAAACCUCCUUUUUUGAGCUCUCAACGUCUUCAAAAAUAAAAACGAAGAGUCAAGGAACGCGUUCAUUCGAACAUGACUGAUAUACAUAGUGCGAAAAAAGUGGGGCAAAAAAUUCUCGCGCCGUGAAAAACGUCCUCGGGACACGGCCGGAAAUGUAAGGACUUUUUUGAAACUUUUGCUCGUAAAUUUUAAUGGUUAGAGAUGAAUUGGAAAAAAUAUGGUAUUAUAAGGGAUUUUUGGUCGAGUUUUAAGUGUUUAAAUUUGUUAGGCGAAUUUUGAUUUAUAUUAUAUUAGUCUAGGUCAACAAAUUAAAUUUUUUUGUGUAAAAAAUCGUCUGAAACCAAAAACCCGGCUUCGCAAUGCAUUUUAAAUUUAACGUAGAGCAUUUCUCAAUUAAUGAAACUUGUCAUGAUGGCCAAUUUUCAAGACUUUUUUGUCCAAAAAUACGAUCCACCGUGAGGGACCUGAUCCAGUGGCAAAAAACGUAUCAUUUCGCAUCCAGGAAGUAUAAAAAAUGUAGCAAAAUACCUCCCUCUCCAAGUGAAAAAAUUCUGUUUUGAGGGCUCUUCAAAAUUUAUCACUUGGAUAUGGAGGUAUUUUGCUACAUUUUUUAUACUUCCCCGAUCCAAAAUGGUACGUUUUUUGCCACCGGAUCAGGUCCGCCACUGUAGGAAUGAAAGACGUAUUUUUGGACAAAAAAGUCUUGAAAAUUGGCCAUCAUGACAAGUUUAUUUACUUGAGAAAUGCUCUGUGUUAAAUUUAAAAUGCAUUGCGAGGCCGGGUUUUUGGUUUCGGAUGAUUUUUACGUAAAAAAUUUAAUUUGUUGACCUAAAGUAAUAAAAAUUAAAAUUUGGCUAAAAAAUCCCAAUUAAUAAUUUUUCAGCGAGCCCCUGGCCCGGCCAGAGACCUUAGAGCCGCUGUGCCUCGAUUCCCGAACCCAACAUUCCUCCAAGAACCCGUCAAUGGCCUCAAUUCACAACGUUCCCGAGUCUCCGGCCUCGCCGGAAGAGCCGGACCGCCCCCGCCGCCAACGCGGCCAUUUGCGCGGCACCCGCUCCAAUGGCUUCGCCUCCGGCCCGCCAUUCGCACGCCCGCCGAAACGCGAAGCGCCAUGGUCGACGAUGGACGAGCGCCAGAAGCAACAACAGAUCCAGCUGAUCGAGAAGGAAAUUGACGUAAUGGCCGAGAAAUCGUUGAUGGGCAUCCGAAGCUGGCGACCGAAAUGGCUGCAGAAAUUCGCAACAAAGAACUGGAUGCUCCUGUGGAUGUGCUGGUUCUGUACGAUACAGGGAAUCAUCGUGAAUGGCCUAGUUCCGUCAACAAUAUCGACCAUUGAGCGGAGAUUUGAAUUGAGUACAAGUACGAUAGGAAGAAUCGCACAGGUAAGAAGAAAUUGGAGGUUUUUGGAUAUUAGAGGGUGUAAGCAAUGCCUGCUGAGUGGAUUUGAAUUGAUUGAGAGCUUGGGAGGUAUCAAUUUACCUUGUUUUAGGUCAGCUGGGUCAUGGAUAAUAUAAUUUGAUUUUUUGAAGGAUCUUUGAUGAAGUUUUGGGUUUAAAUUGAUGGAAAGAGACUUAAUAAAGUCUAUAGCGUAUUUUAGGAUUAUUUUUAACACCCUUGAACGUUGAUUUCACCUUCGAAGUACAAGUUUGCCACCAAGGUCCCCCUUAAAACUCGAUUUUUUAGUUCUACGAUUUUGGUUAUGUCCUCUUCUGCAUACCGGUCAGUUACUUUGGUGGUAGACACUCCAAACCCCUCGCCUUGGCUGUAGGACUGAUAUUAAUGGCAAUUGGAGCCUUCAUUUUCUCGACCCCCCACCUCCUCGCCGACUCCUAUACCAACUCGUAUUCGGAAGACGACGCCGGCUUCAGCAGAUGUCCCAACCCAACUCUGACCUCAAUACUAACAAACACGUCGAAUGCGGAAGCCCUGAAGUCGUGCCCAUCGCCGGAGAAUCAACCCGGCACCUUCAGAUACGUCUUCUUCUUUUGUUUGGCCCACUUCUUGCAUGGGAUUGGCGCAACCCCAUUAUUCACCAUCGCUGUGUCGUAUAUCGACGAAAAUGUGGGCCCAAACUUGAGCUCGCUGUAUCUGGGAGUGUUCUACGCCUUCGGCGUUUUUGGUCCGGCCCUGGGAUUUGUGGGACAAUCGCAUUUCCUGAAAUACCACACGGAUUUCCUUCAAACCGGGAAAAAGUUUGAUAAGUAAGUUUUUGAUAAGGCUAGAGGGUGGAUUUUGGUUUUAAAAGAAAGAGUAUGGCUUAUUUUAUCUAGUUGCGUCUAGACUUUUUAUAAUUUUUAUCGAAAAUUUUGAGCAAUGAUCAAUUUUAUAUUGUACUUGAGAGCUAAUAUAAACUUUUUGUUUAGGCUGGUCAAUCUCAACGAAUCCGAUCCGAAAUGGGUGGGCGCUUGGUGGGUGGGCUUCCAGAUUGUCUCCUUGCUCGCGUUAAUAGCCGUAGUCCCGAUUCUCAGCUUGCCCAAGGUCCUUCCGGAGAGCUUGAAAUGGCACAGGUAAUUUUUAAAUUUUUUUGAUUUUUUCUCCCGAAUUUAGAUGAUUUUCCACCCUAAAUUGGUGUUUUUAGGAAUCGCCUCCGCAAAGAGACCCUCGGAGGAUCGAAGAAGCGCACCCCGGAGUGCUGCGGAAUGCCGUCCGCAUCCAAAACUUCGGCCAUAACGGGAAAAAACUUGAUGACGGUGGACGAAACGGCCGCCAGCCAAGCCGUAGCAGAGUCAAUGCCCGCGCUCACGACCCGAUCAGGACCUCUGUGGUAUCAACUAUGGCUGGACGUACGACAUAUCCCAAUCGCGAUCUAUCGCAUCCUCCUAAACGGGCCUUACAUGUUGAUCACGCUCGGCAUGGCGGUGGAUGGUAAGUUUUGGCGAUUUUUGGGAUUUUUUCGAGGCGUUUAGACCGGAAAUGAUGACGAAAUAUUUCAGGACUGAUCAUUACGGGUGUCUCGACCUUCAUGUCCAAGUAUUUGGAGCGCCAGUUCGGUGUGGCGCCCUCCAAAGCCAACAUGCUGAUCGGAUGUAUCAUGGUCCCAAUGGCCGGCAUUGGCACCAUGUUCUCCGGAUUCAUCAUCCACAAGUUCCGAAUGAGCUGUGUGCGCACCCUCCAGUUCUGUGUGGCUCUACUGAUUUGCGCGUUGUUGCUCAGCCCGAUGUAUUUUAUUUACUGCGAUCAUGAUCAUUUGGUCGGAAUUGAACGACAUUACCCGGUGGAUGAGUAAGUAAAAGACUUUUUUUGGAGCUGUAAAGUUUAUGGAGGAGAUUAGAGAGCUAUAAGAAGAUUUUGAAGUUGUUUUUGGAACAUUGUUUGGCUAAAAUUAUAUUGGUGUAGGUAAAAUUUUGAUUUUUUUGAAAUUAUUUUAAGUUUUGUUGGUUUGUAAUGGCUCUAUGGGGUUUAUUAGGGACAGUUAUCGGGUUUUUAUAGUAUACGCGAUAGCUCAGGGAAAUUUUUUGACAUCAAAAAAAAUUUUUUUCCUUGUCUGACAAGGAAAGUACUUCUAUGGGGUGUGGAAUUACCGGUCGAGAUAUAUAUCAAAAAAUUCGCAAAAAUUUUCUGAUUCAGAAUAUAUAUAAAUUAGCUGCCUAAUUUUGGUCUAUCAGCGAGUUUUUUUAAUAAAUUUUUUUCUCGAGGAAAAAAAUCGGCGGCGACAAAAGCGCGCUCGGUCUCUUCCUUCGGAAGAGAGCGGUGUGGCCGAGUGGUUAGAGCGCUAGAUUGGAAAUCCGAGGGUGACGGGUUCGAUUCUUUUUGCCACACUAGAACCCAUUUUUACAUCGGAACUACUUUUAAGGUGUAGUUGUAUUCCAAUUUGAUAUUUUAAGGCUUGUCAAGGCCUCAGAAUUUAGUUUAGCACAAAACAAAAUUUUGUUAUUGGUAAAAACACGGUCAAGAAGACGCUUGCAUGGUGUCGCGAGAAAACUUCUGAGGACAAAAACAUGUCAUUAGACCAAAAUUAGGCAGCUAAUUUAUAUAUAUUCUGAAUCAGAAAAUCUUUGCGAAUUUUUUGAUAUAUAUCUCGACCGGUAAUUCCACACCCCAUAGAAGUACUUUCCUUGUGAAAUAUGCGAAGAAAUUGAAAAUAUAACUUGAAAAUCGUAGUAAAAUAUGUUUUGAAUGACAGUCAGCUAAUUUCAGCGACGUCUCAAACCACUACGACAACUCCACCGACAGCUUUGUCUUCAAACUUCAGUCCAAAUGCAACUCCCAUUGCAAAUGCGAAUCCACCGAAUACCACCCGGUCUGCGCCGAGUUCAACGACGGGACACAAGUCGCUUUUUACUCACCAUGCUAUGCCGGAUGCCCCGAUCUGUACAGCCCAUUGACUAAGGUGAGAUUCGAAAAAUUCUAUUGGUUUAGAUGAAAAGUUGGCAUUUUUGAAGAUUUUUGGGGGUAAUAUUGUCGAAAUGGGGUUUUUAAUGGCUAAUAGUGUUGAAUAUAGCUUUCGAAUACGUUGGAUUUGGUUUAAUUUCAAUUUUUUGGAUUAAGUCGACCUUAUUUUAGGUGUACAAUAACUGCUCCUGCGCCCCAACCAACACAAAAGGAGGAAUCAGAAGGGUGAAAAAUGGCUACUGCGAGUCGAAAUGCAAAGGUCUCUUCGGAUUUUUGUUCAUUUUUGCGCCAUUUUGUUUCUUCACCUUCGCCGUGGGAGUACCAUUAAUCACGGUGGUUUUGAGAACCGUGGAUUACGCCGAAAGGGCGUUUGCACUGGGAAUUCAAUGGAUUUUAGUUCGAAUUAUCGGCACCAUCCCGGCACCCGUGCUGUUUGGCUGGCUGUUUGACGUGUCCUGCAUCAGACAACACUUUGACCCCUGCUCCGGAGCACAUGGAAGCUGCAUGUUGUACCAGAACAAGUUGCUUGCCGAUCUGUUUUUGGCCUUCAGUGUGGCGGGACAAGUAAGCAUACGAGGUGUUUGGAACGUGAAAUUGAUGUUUUUUCACAGUGCGGAUUUGUAGUUGAAAAAAGCUUAGGGUUUUGCACAGUGCGGAUUUGUAGUUGGAAAAAGCCUAUGGUUUUGCACAGUGCAAAAAUUUAGUUGAAAAAAGCUAUGGUUUUUGCACAGUAUGUAUUUUUAGUUGAAAAAAGCCUAUGAUUUUGCGCAGAGCGAAACUUUAGUUGAAAAAAGCUUACGAAUUUGCACAGUGCAAAAAUUUAGUUGAAAAAAGCCUACGGUUUUGCACAGUGCAAAAAUUUAGUUGAAAUUGGUCUAAAUUUUUGUGCUGUGCGGUUUUUUAGUUGACACUUGCCUGGAAUUGUGCAGUGUGUGACUAUCAAAAAAAAUUUUAUUUUAUUUUAUUUUUUUUUAUUUUUGAAAUUUGAGUUGAAACUUUAAUUUUUCGCCUAAUCCAUCAAAAAUUCCAUUUUUCAGCUAAUCGCGAUUGUCUGCCUGAUCUGCGUCCUAAUGUUCUUCGCCCAUGCCCUCAAAGACGACCCGCUCCCAACGUUGGCCGUGGCCGAACCAGUGGAUGAAGAGGAAACUGAUGCCACCGAAAAGGAAACUCAUUCGAUUUAUCACGCGCGGAACGGGAAACCCAACGAAAUCGAGCCCAUGCUGCCGAAAAAAGUGGAGGAUCCAGUUGUUGUGGCCUAA